AUGGGAAAGGACAAAACAAAAGCUCGAGGAAAAGGAAAAGGGAAAGUGACAUCUUUAAAUUCGUCAGUCGGAACAGAUCAGUCAGCUAGAUUGGAGGAAAUGAUAACACAAAUGACACAAUUGAAUUCAACUUUGGAGAGGCAUAUGAAUGAAACUGUCAGACUCGCAGAAUAUCCGUUGUUAAUGCAAUAUGUGAGACACCUCGACCCUGAAGAUCAAGUGGCGGCUAAAGCGGUGAAGCAGUCGAUUCACGAAAAAUAUAAGCUAAACCGCAAAUGA